GAAUGUGUGUUGGGUUGAAGACCCCAACUCGAACAAAACAGCUCGAUUUGCUGCGGCAUCUUGAAAUACAAAGAGCUCAAUGAAAUUAUUCUAGUCGCAAAAUAUAUUCCGUUCAUCGCACGAGUGCCACAGCGCAACCAUGGUUUUAACUAAGCUGAUUGAUGCCUUGAAUCAACCCUAUGCAGAUUCCAUUAAACUGCCUCUUGCUGUUUCUCCAUGGCCCAUGCUAUGCAUCGUCUCAUUAUAUUUGUUCUUUGUGCUGAGACUGGGCCCGCAAUUCAUGUCGUUUCGAAAGCCGUUCGAGCUACGACGGACUAUGCAAUUCUACAAUGUCGCUCAAAUUAUCUAUAAUGCAUUAAUUUUCACAAGGGGAGUCUACUUUCUGUUUGUGGAGAAGCCCUAUAACUUCAGUUGCAUGUCGGUGCUGCCUGAGGACCAUCCAUUAAAAUCAACUGAGCGCCUCAUGGCCUAUUCGUAUUACGUCAACAAAUUUCUAGACCUGUUCGAUACCGUGUUCUUUGUGCUCCGUAAGAGCUAUAAGCAGAUAACCGUUCUCCACGUCUUUCACCACGUAUUGAUGACAGUGGCUGGCUACAUGGUUCUGCGAUAUCACGGCUAUGGCGGACAUCCCUGCAUAAUGGGACUCUUAAACACAUUCGUACACAUUGUCAUGUACACCUACUAUUAUUUAUCGGCAAAACAUAGGGGUGUCAAGGAGAACAUCUGGUGGAAAAAGUAUAUAACCAUCUUGCAGGAAGUGCAGUUCGUCGUCAUCUUUGCGCACAGCAUUUGGACAUGGAUUCAGCCGAAUUGUGGCACACGUGGAGGCAUUCUAUAUCUAACCACAUCCAUGUCGGUGGUGAUGAUGAUAAUGUUCACCAACUUCUAUAUACACUCCUAUAUACUAACGAACAAACAACCCAAAACACAAGCCAAGCAGCAAUGAUACUUGUAUAUAUCAAAUCCUAUCUGUACAUAUAGGAUUAUAUAUGUAUAUACAUACAUAAGUACCAAUUUGUAUGGCCUUUAAUUUUUUCGAAUUUUCCCCACCCCGAAUAGCAGUAUAACACUAAAAUAUGGAAAAAUGCACGAACAAACAAAUAAUUAAGAACACAAAUUUUUAUCCCCCUUACAACUGUAAAAAUAUGAAUCGCUCUAUUUAUUUAAGCUUACAAAUGCUUUAAUUGUACAAGGUAGAAGAGUACCUGUACCUCAAAGGUACAAGACUAAAUUGGGUUUGCGGGAAUUGAAAAAAGUAACAGACAGAAAGUAUAUAUAUAUAAAUAUAUAUAUUCUUAAUCAGCAUGGCCGAUGCCCUAUAGGGGAUUUUGCGUAACGCCGUUUGUAUUAAUAAUCACCUAUGUAUAUCUUGGA